UCUUUUUUCUUACGUUCGAACAUUGCUUCAGCUUUGAAAAUUGUUGUCAUUAUUUUUAGCUUGCAUCAGACUCACUUCUUCUUCUGGUACAGUGUAUUUGUAGAGGUAUCCACCCACUGGGAAGAUGGGAUCUGAAUAUCUUGCCUCCAUCUUUGGAACUGAGAAGGACAAAGUGAACUGCUCAUUUUAUUACAAAAUUGGAGCCUGCCGCCAUGGAGAUAGAUGCUCUCGUCUUCACAACAAACCAACAUUUAGUCAGACUAUCCUCCUGGUCGGAAUGUAUCGGAAUCCAGCUAAUCCGACCCAAUUUCCGGAGGGCAUUAAAGGAGAUAUGACAGAAGAUGAGCUCCAGGAGCACUUUGACAAUUUCUUCGAGGACGUCUUCACAGAAUUAGAGACGAAGUAUGGGGAGAUAGAGGAGAUGAAUGUGUGCGAUAACCUUGGUGAUCAUUUGGUUGGGAAUGUCUACUGUCAGUUUGUGGAUGAAGAGGCGGCGGAGAAAGCAGUGACGGGCCUGAAUAAUCGCUGGUACGAAGGGAGACCAAUCAUGGCAGAGCUGUCUCCUGUGACAGAUUUCAGAGAAGCAUGUUGCCGGCAGUACGAGAUGGGAGAGUGCACGCGUGGUGGCUUCUGCAACUUCAUGCACUUGAAGCCCAUCUCGAGAGACCUCCGCCGACGGCUGUAUGGAAAGCGAAGGCGGCGAGCACGCACCCCACCCCGUGAUCGUGGUGACCGUGGUGGUGACCGUGGCGGCGACCGUGGCGGAGAUCGCGACCGACAUGACAGGAGAGGAUCCUCUUCAAGGAGACGAUGAUCUUCACGAAUUGUUGCAACGAGACUUUGUACCAUCCACUCCAAGCACGGCUCUUUUAUUAUUUUUUCUCUUCAUUUGCUUUUACUCCUUACGUGAGCUGUGUGAAUGCUGUGUGUUUUUCAGCACGUGUAAAAAAUAUACUGUCUUCAAAUGUAGUCCAUGACUUUGCUUUGCCAUGUCCAGCUACUGCCCAUGAAAUUUGUUAGUCUUAGUGUUUACCAACUCUCUUGCAUUGUCGAUACACUGUGCUGUGAAACGAUUGAUGUGCUGCGGUACGUUGUGUGCGACCAAUGAGAUUAUGACUGUGUAGAUGAAUACCAUGCUUACAUGCAGGAAUUAUACAUCAUGCAAGGUUGUGUAUGAUCCUAGCAGAGCGCGUGUUUCUACCUAUAGAAAUAGAGCUGCGCCCUGUUUUUUUUGGAGUUGUAUUGGUCUAAAGCUCAAAUGAACAUGAUGCCGGCAGCAUUGUUUUGCCACUGUUU